AUGAUCCAGUUCCAGUUUAUGGCACCUUGGAUUCCCACAUUCUCGGCCGCCUUGGAGGCCGAACAAGCCGCUAAAGAUAAUAAACCACCGUUUGUGCUGUUUACAUUGGCCACCGUUGACAAGGAUGGCUUUCCACACAAUAGAACUAUGGUGUUCCGAGGGUUUCUCUUCGACAACAAGUCUAAUAACGUGUUGACGUUCUGUACCGAUAGAAGAAUGAAGAAGUACGAGGAGCUUCUUGCCAACGAUAAGUUUGAGGCGGUGUUCUACUUCGAAAAAAUCAAGAAACAGUUCCGUUUGCGUGGCCGUGCAAGGCUCAUUGACCAAGACCACUACCCGGUCUUGGACUUGACCACCAUUCAGCCACGUCACAUCAUUGAAACAAGCAUCCAGUCCAUGGAAAACUCCAGCGAUGAGUCCGGAGAUGAGUUGGAAUUGGCAGUGGCCGCCAAACCUCAGCCUAAGUUCAAGAAGAGCCACGAAACCCUUACACAAACCGCCACACCGGAUGACUCGGGCGAUACAGAGCCUCUUGGGCCCCAAAGAACGCCCUUGCCAUACCCAAUAGUAUCGCCGACGCUAUUGGACCAGUUGCUUCACGAGAAUGAACACAACAACUCAUUUGUAUCCUACUCAAACUUGCACGAGCUUGGUCUGUUGGACCUCACAGCCCCCACUGACGAGGAGUGGGAUGGGGAGAUUUCGCGUGUGUGGCAGCUGCUUUCUAAAGGGCUCAAGCUGUCCUUUAGACGCCCUGCGCCUUUGCUGCCCAUGGACGACACUAAUCAGAACUUGGUAGAUAAGAUCCUGAGAGGUGUGGAUGGAAAGAAAGAGGAGACAGGCUUGAAGAACUUUGCUGUUGUUGGAAUGUUCGUUGACCAUGUCGAUUAUUAUGACAUGGAGAAGAACAGGAGGUAUCUUUACGACAAGGAUCAGGCAUACGUUUGGAACGAGAUGGAGGUAUGCCCAUGA